AUCUCGUUUGGGUGACGUUAACGGAAACGGAACGCAAAAUAAAGAAUGUGUAUAGAGAUUUAAAUUGCGUUUUAAACCGUAGUGGGUGGAAGGGGUAGUCUGGUUACAUAAGAAUCCCUUAGAAAUUGUUGCUCACUCGCCGCUAAUCCGGUAUUCAUGUUCCACUGUCCUGCGACAGAAUGGGCGAAACACUUGUGGCUUUCAUUGAAAAUAGAGCGCGCAUCGGACCUAUUCAUUAGAAAAAAUGAUAUAGCCAAACAUUAAAAGGAUUGGCAUAUAUUCGUAGUAUUUAUUCCUCUCACGUUGCAGUGUCAAAUCGGCAGUGUGCUAUGCGCUCGUGACGAUUUGCUGACGAGCCUUUAGCCACACCCCGCUGAAGAGUGAAGCUGGGAGAGAGCGAAGAGGCUGGGAACCGGUCACUCUAUCUCUCUCUUUCUUUACCGAAUGUGAAGGGAGGCAAGUCCUGCGGCAAAAUCAGCGAAAUUCCACCGAUUCCAGGAAAGGCAUCCCGGCUCAGUUGCAGAAAUGGAGGUUCCAAACUUGGGACACAACCUAACUAGCCCGAUGAGUCCGUGUGAGGGCAUGAUCAAGAACCUCAGUUUGGAUGCGAUACAGUUAUGCGAGCGAGAGGGCAAUAAAUCCCAGGACAGCGGCAUCGUAGAGAUGGAGGAGCUUCCUGUCCCUCAGAACAUCAAGAUCAGCAACAUCACAUGUGACUCCUUCAAGAUUUGCUGGGACAUGGAGCCCCGGGUCAAGGAGCGCAUCACUCACUACUUCAUCGACCUCAACAAGAAAGAGAACAAGAACUCCAACAAGUUCAAACACAAGGAUGUCCCCACUAAGCUGGUGGCGAAGGCAGUGCCUCUGCCCAUGACGGUGAGGGGUCACUGGUUCCUCAGCCCGCGUACAGAGUACACCGUGGCUGUCCAGACUGCCUCCAAACAGAGUGACGGAGACUACGCCGUGUCAGAGUGGAGCGAGAUCAUCGAGUUCACCACCGCUGAUUAUUCCACAGUGCAUCUAACCCAGCUGCUGGAGAAGGCUGAGGUCAUUGCAGGCAGGAUGCUGCGCUUCUCUGUGUUCUACAGGAACCAGAACAAAGAGUACUUUGACCAGGCCAGGGAGGUGCAUGGGAACCGCAUGCUGCCAGCAGUGAAGGACAACAGUGGAAGCCACGGCUCACCUAUCAGCGGGAAGCUGGAGGGCCUCUACUUCAGCUGCAACACAGAGUUCAACACAGGCAAGCCCCCCCAGGACUCCCCCUACGGCCGCACACGCUUCGAGAUCCAGGCUGAGACCCUGUUCAACCCCAAGACUAACCUCUACUUCGGGGACUUCUACUGCAUGUACACGGCCUACCACUACGUCAUCCUAGUACUGGCUCCACAGGGCUCGCACGGCGAUGACUUCUGUAAGGCAAGGCUUCAAGCGCUCGACAUCACCAACAACCACUUCCUGACUUGCACGGUGGACGAGGAGGCGGGCGACGGGGCGCUGGUGUUCCGGCAUGCCCAGGAUGUGAUCCUGGAGGUGAUCUACACAGAGCCCGUGGACCUGACGCUUGGCACAGUGGCAGAGAUCAGCGGGCACCAGCUCAUGAGCCUGUCUACCGUCAACGCCAAGAAGGACCCCAGCUGCAAGACCUGCAACAUCAGCGUGGGACGCUAGUGGGAGUCUGGACUGGACUGCACCUGUGCUACACAGACGUACACACACGCAACCCCAACCUUUACACACCUCUAUAUCCACAAAGGACCACCCUCCCAAAAGAAGAACAUUGCAGGAGAGGGACCCAGACUGUGAAAGAAAUGUAACAACAGGGUAGGGUGCUAGAACUCCCAUUCCAUUAGCACACACACACACACAAUCCAUCCUCCUUUUCAACCUCAUAGGAACCAUCCUCCCAAAAGUGUGGCAUUCUAUUCAUCCCUCCCUUUCCCAUCAGAAGAGAAACCAUGCAAAAUAGGGAGGCUCCCCAACUGAAAGAUCUACAGCUUAAGUGUGGGACCCUAACAACCCUUGGUCAGCAUCAUCCAAACCCGCACUACACGCCAACACUGACUUAUCCCUUUAAAUGUUCUAACCAAACAUUGUUUCCGUGCAUGUAUUCACACAGCUUUUCUCAUAGAUUUUCUCUCCUGUUGUUUUUCAAACGUCUCCUUCUCCCUUUGACCUCUUCUAAUUUUCUGUUGUUCACUUCAGUCCAGGUAGACAGAAGGUUGUGUUCCUGUUUUUCCGUCUCUCCUGGAAGGCGUUAGUUUGGUUUCAGAUCCGACAGAUCUAAGUUACUCCCUCCCUCUAUCGGCAGAGACUGGUACUAAUUUAGGGCUGCAGUGUCAUCAUCUUUAUGCCCAAGGUAACACAAAAGGACAACUUGCUGUAGAAUAACAAUACUAAUGCAGCCACUAAAAAGCAUAUUAAGUCGGAGAUCAAGUUGAACUACUUGGUAACCAUUAAGAGCAUGAUGCAGUAUGUGCAGCAUGACUUUGAAAACUGAGUCUAACUGUCAGUUCCUCUACCAUAGCUACCUUUCUGCAAAGUCAAGUAAAUGUGAAAAAAUAUUUAUUUUUGACUGAUAUAUACACAUAUAUAAACCAGAAGUGCACAAUGUCAAGAGCUCUGAUCCUAUUAAAUAAUGGCAUUUUUGGAUGAAAAACACAAAAAGGAGAACACAGAUUUGACUGCAGGAGUAACUUGCACAAUGCCAACAUUCACACUUUUUUUUUUUCAAGGUAAUGUAUAACUUGAAUUGCCACAAUUCAUCAUAUCAACUAUGAACUAUUACAUAUCAUAGUACAAUGUGGGACUAAAAACUGAUUGACAUGCACAAACAUUCUACAGGAUUGUCAGAUUGUGUAUUUGGAUGACAUAUCCUCCUUGCCAAGAUUGCACUUUUCAAAGCGCAGCAUUUUAACGUAGUAGACCAUGUAGGUACCUGUUAUACCGACAUUAGUUUGGCGAGAACAAAAUGCAAGUAACAAUAAAGUGCCAUAAAAUAGCUUAGAAAUUGAUAACAUUUAUCUAACAUCAACUGUGAUUUGUUAGUUCUCUUUUUUCCUUAAAAUGAAAGUGUUACACUCGCUACAUCAGUUGCAUAAAAUAUUAUAAUUACAUCAGUUGCAUAAAAUAAUUAUAAUUUGUCAUGAAUAACAAAGGACUUGUUAAGGGACUAAAAAUAGCUGGAUGUUGCCCAUCAACUCUCGGAUCAUCUUGCCAUCACUCUUAACCAAAGUGAGAGUCAGUCAACAUCAAAGUCAUUUAAAGUGCAUCACCAUGUAAGCACCGGUAUCUCACUUUGAAAUGUGUUCAGAAAAAAAUGUAUCCUAUAAGUGAGCCAAAAAAAAACUGUUUCAAAAUAAAAGUCCCACUGUGAAGGAAGCUCAGACAGUCUUUGGAGUAUCCCGUUUACUGAGCAGGACUUCCAGCAAGCGGAGUUUAGCUUUUAGGUUCUUGUACUCGCAGUACUCCUCUGCCAUGGGCCCGCGGUCCUCUUUCUGGGCAGCCCUUUAAUGACGAGGAAGAGAAAAAUACUAACUUAACAUUUCAGACAAGCUGCAGCUUCCUUUACUGGUAUAGUCCCUGUGUUGCCUUAUUCAGAUAACUUUGUACAGUGAGUAUUGUAUUCAGAACAUUUUAUUUUACUUUCAAAAACCGCUACAUGUACAAAAGAUGUGUAUAGUUCAGAGCAGUUGUCUCUAUCUCUCUGUCUCUCUCCCAAGUACUUAUUUGUGUCGUGUUAAAGUCAGUAAAUGUGCAUCACGCUGUUGUGUCAUUCUGCUGAAUUCUUUUGGUGGAUGUUUUAUUUAAUUUUUCACAAGGCAUUGUUGAACUAUGAAUACCAAAUGUUCCAGUUUAUUAAAGGAAAAGCAAACCGUGAA